AUGUUUGCACGAAAUUUCCAUCUAGAAAACCCCAUCAACAAAAAACAUCAACAUCCAAUAAAUUUAUUUCCUUUUCUAUUUAGUAAUGUAUGUUUGCCUGAAAGAAAGCCUGUGGCUUUUCGCCUGGGAGAUAGCAGUUCCAUAUCUUCAGGUAAGGUUAGCAGCUUCCUUGGCGCACAUACCUGUAGAUUGUAUUUUUGUGGAGGUAGCCAAUCUUCAAAUGGAGCUAGGCUAUGCCACAUUCUCGUACCCAGAGCCCAUCUUACAAGCGGUCAACAGAGCAUGACGAGGGUCGAGGGAUACGAGAAUGGGUUGCGUCGCAACUGUAGAUCAAAAUUUAGCCUCUGAACGAGAACAAAAUGCCAAGUACAUACCUAGCUUUUUCAUGAUUUUUGGAGUUAUACCUAGCUCGAAAUGAUAGCCAGUAACUCCACAAUUUAUAUUUCAACUCAAUUAGUUUUUACUUACACAAGUUACUCAAGUGUAUAUUUUGGUUUGGAGUUGGCCCUUUAGACUUGGGAGGUAGCGUCGCUCGAUUGCUUCCUACUUUCCGCAGCCAUGUUGGCGCAAUCGUCAGUGCGAGCGCCUUUUCACCUCUGAGAUCGAUUUUCGUUUCGGACUCCAUUUUCCUCCCACAGAAAAAUUGUUGACAGGUUUGGUGGGGAUUAGCCCCUAACUUACCCUUCCACCAUGGGUCAUAACUCAUAAUGUGGCUGCCAGAGGUGCCUUAGAAAGCCUUCGACUGGAUCAGUUUGAGCUCCGUCCUUCGCUAUAGGGGGAUUCAAGGUUUCCGACGCCAUCUUGAAUCUAUUGUUUUCACCAUUGUUUUUGCACCCGCCGCAAAUUUAUUCUAUUUUGUCAGAUUAAGUAUUUACAUUUUCUGUUCUUGUUCCAGACGACAUAUCUGAUGCAUUUUUUGAAGUCACAGUCAAUGAUUUGCGGCUUAUGUUGAAGGGUCUUAAAAAUGAAAGGUAUUUCGUAUGAAUGAAAUGAAAUUUUGGUUCAUUUGGGUAGAAAAACUGUAGUAUGUUGUACACUUUGUCAAUAUCUGUCUUUGUUUCGAAAUGAUUUGUUAUCUACACGCGUAAAAAUUGAGAAAAUCAACAACUUGUUCCAGACUGAUUGAUAAAGGCGUGAACAAGGUUGUGCGGCCCACUAUGAACAGUAUAUUGUCAACAUGUUGUUACAGCAUUGUUCAACUGUAACAACUUGGAACAACAUGGUUGACAAAUGGUUCAUAGUUGGCCGCACAACAUUGUUCACGCCUGUCGAUAUCAACUUGGAACAACCUGUGCGUUUUUAGCCGUGUAUUAUGUCACAAGUAUAGAAGUCCAGCAGCCCACAAAAUGAUUCUGAAUUCACCGAAAACUUCAAAUAACAAGAAACUUUCUAACUCACAGAAAACUUUUAACUCAGAAAAUAUUUUCAAGUCGCAAAAAAACUUUUGUAACUCACCGAAAAAAUCCUUUUAUAAACGUAACGUUUUUUUGCAAAUAUACAAAAAUAAAGAGUUCAAACGCAACUUAACGUGAGCCUCCUGGGCUUCUAUACAGAAGUAGAAUAACCGAUUUUGUAGUUUUGAAUGAUCACAAUAAGUCGAUUCAUAGUCUCGACUGCGCAUCCAAAUGAUCAACUACUCGGUAUAUGUUCAACUGCAAUUUCCGACGUUCUGAAUUGGCUUGUUUCGACGUGAAAGCUAAUUCCACUGCUCAUGUCGUAUUUACAUUAUAUGUAAUAUUUCAAAUCCGAGUAUGAGGACUGGAAUAGGUUUCAAGUCCGCGCAAUUUGAUGGUUGAAAUCUAAUCCAGUCCGAAUUGGAGGAUUUGAAAUGACAUCUCAUACGAAUAAAUCACUAUUUAAAGUGAGGUGAAUUAAUUAUGAUCCAGUCCUAGGACUGGAUCAAUAUACUUCACCAGGUAUCCAGUGUUAUCAUGUGAACAAAAUAAAGCAAUAUGGUUGGCUAAUUUACGCAUGAAUUAUUAAUGAGUUUGAGAUUGACUUAUCAAGGACUGCAGAGAAGCCGCUGAUGACGACAAAAAUGAGAGAGGAACGUGAGAAAAGCAAAAUGGACCAGUACGAGAGGGUAAUAUAGAUUAUAGACAAUAUGUGAAUUGCUCAACCACCUUAGAAUGCCUUCGAUUCGAUCAGGUUGAGCUGCGUCCUUCGUAAUUCAGCUCAGCUCCCAGCUGCAAGUAAAGGCUGCUCUCCAGCGUUUUUCAUACGUGCGUAUACGCACGUAAAAGUUUAAAUCUUUUUAAAUUUUACUUAUGAAAUAACUAAUUGAAUAAAAGGAAAUAAUUUAGUUUUCUGUGUGAUUUAAUAUGCAUUUGCUGAGGUAAUUAGUACUUGUAUAAAAUUUAGAAAGAUUUAAACUUUUAUGUGAGUACACGCACGUAUGAAAAACGCUUAACUGGAGCGGCAGCCUUAAGGCUGCAUUGCAGUUACGCGUUUUUCAUACGUGCGUACACGCACGUAAAAGUUGAAUUCGCUUUACAUCCUACUUAUGAAAUAACUAAAUUUAUAAAAGGACAGCAUUCAGUUUUGUGUAUGAUUGAAUGUGUAUUUGUUAAGGUUAUUUACACUUAUAUGUAAUUUUAAGCGAAUUCAACUUUUACGUGCGUGUACGCACGUAUGAAAAACGCGUAACUGGAAUGCAGCCUUUAAGGGUGAUUUAAUAGCACACCCACCGCCAGUGAGCUAUAUAUAUAUAUAUAUAUAUAUAUAUAUAUAUAUAUAUAUAUAUAUAUAUAUAUAUAUAUAUAUAUAUAUAUAUAUAUAUAUAUAUAUAGUUUUUCGUUUUACCUCAAAAAACCACAACAGUCUGUUUCAUCUGUAUAGGAAUCAUCAGGUGGUGAAUAAUUUCGAAAUUGUAGGUUGCUUUUAUGCUGUCGAAAGAAUGUGCGGAAUGCGUGUAGGCGAAACAAUGCUUAGGUGAAACAAUGCAUGCUUGGGUCAUUAGGUUUUGUUAACGACCUUGUUUACUCGAAACUUGUUUCAUCCCCCAACAUUUUCAUUUUCGCGGACAAAACUAGAAACAUUUACGAAACGUCACUGAACACAUACAACGAACUCUUACAUGAUAACAUCACGAAAACGUACAAACAUGGAUCAGAGGACUUCAUACAUGAAAUUGACUCCGAAUUGAAAGAAAUUUCGAGUAAGUUAGGAAUUGGCGACAGAAUUGAACGAAUGAAAAAACGCGAAGCAUUUAUAUCUUUAAAAGAUCACAAAGAAAAUUUCGAAAACAAUCCAAAAUGCCGACUAAUUAAUCCCGCAAAAAGGAAUCCGGAAAACUAAGUAAGGUUAUUUUAGAUAAAAUUAAUUCCAAUUUGAGACAAAAACUAAAUUCAAAUCAAUGGAGAAAUACGCAACAAGUAAUUUCAUGGUUUGGCAAUAUAAACGAUAAAGACAGGCACAGUUUUAUUUCAUUUGAUAUUGUGGAUUUUUACCCAUCUAUUUCCGAAAAACUUUUAAAUGAAGCAUUGGUCUGGGCUUCGGAUUUGACUACUAUUACCGAAAACGAUAUUUCAAUAAUAAAACAUGCAAGAAAAUCUCUACUUUUCGGCAACGGCAAAUUAUGGACAAAAAAAGACGGAAGCAACAGUUUAUUUGACGUCACUAUGGGUAGUUUCGACGGCGCUGAAAUUUGUGAGCGGGUAGGCCUUUUCAUUUUAAAUCACUUAGGUAAGAGGUUUGGCAAGGAAAACAUCGGACUUUAUAGAGAUGAUGGUUUGGCUAUUAUAAAAAGCAAAUCCGCCCGUUUACUAGACAAAACUAGAAAAGAGCUACACAAAAUUUUCGAGCAAUUAGACCUUAAAAUCACCGCCGAAAUAAAUAUGAACGUUGUAAAUUUUUUAGAUGUUACUUUCGACCUGAUCAACGCAAAACACAAACCAUACAGGAAACCCAAUGACGAUCCAUUGUACAUCCACAGACACUCAAACCAUCCACCAAGCAUUACAAGACAAUUACCUACAGCCAUCAACAAACGCAUUGCACUUCUCUCAUCGGACGAACAAACAUUUAAGGAAUCCACACCUAUUUACCAGAACGCUCUUACACAUAGUAACUUUGAUCAUGAAUUUACGCACACUGAGAAUGCACCGCAACGGACACGUAGGAAUAGGCAACGCAACAUAAUUUGGUUCAACCCACCAUUUAGUAAGAGUGUUAACACGAACAUAGGACGGGAAUUCUUAAGUUUAAUUGACAAACACUUCCCGCUACAGCACAAACUACACAAGAUUUUUAACAGAAACACUUUAAAAGUAAGCUACAGUUGCAUGAACAACGUUAAGUCUAUAAUCAACAAACACAACGCACAUAUAAUUAGGAACAGUCAAUCACAGAAUACGGAAACUGACAACUGUAACUGCGACAACAAAAACACUUGCCCACUACCGAAACAAUGCAUGACCAACAUCAUUAUUUACAAAGCAACAGUCACAACGAACAACACGAACGACACUAAACACUACAUUGGUAUGACAGCGACUACAUUUAAGGAACGUUACGCUAACCACACUUCAUCUUUUCGUCAUAAAAAAGACUCAAACAAAACGGAACUUUCGAAACAUAUUUGAGUGUGGAAAUUAAAAGAAAACAAUCAGGAUUAUACCAUCAAAUGGUCAAUUUUAAAACACGCUAUUUCGUACACAGGGGGAUCAAAACGCUGCAAUUUAUGUUUGGAAGAAAAUUUUGCAUUUUGAAAGACAUAAACAAAGACAAUUUACUCAAUGAAAGAAGCGAAAUUUUCGGCAAAUGUCGUCACAAAAACCGGUUUCGAGUAAACAAGGUCGUUAACAAAACCUAAUGACCCAAGCAUGCAUUGUUUCACCUAAGCAUUGUUUCGCCUACACGCAUUCCGCACAUUCUUUCGACAGCAUAAAAGCAACCUACAAUUUCGAAAUUAUUCACCACCUGAUGAUUCCUAUACGGAUGAAACAGACUGUUGUGGUUUUUUGAGGUAAAACGAAAAACUAUAUUACGCUCUAUCUAUAUGGUAUUGAGCACUGUUUGUGUUUCGUAAACCGAAAUCUUAAGCUAUAUAUAUAUUCAAUAAAGGUUGUCCUUUGCAAACCUUAAACCUUAAAACCUUAAACUCUAAGUGCGCAAAGCAUGAUGGGAGCACUGAUUUCAAGCUUAAUUGUUGAUUAUUGAAGCUGUUUGUCAGUGAAAUGUUUUUGCAGGGAGAUUUUUAUCAUGUCUCCAAAAAAUGGGCUCCAUAUAUGCUUUUUAAACUGCUUAAAUUUGGCUCCCAUUAUGCUUUGCACGCUUAGAGUUUAAGGUUUAAGGUUUUAGAGUUUAAGGUUUCAAAGGACAACCUUUAUUGAAUUAUUGUGAUGUGCAACCACUGCCAUGGGAUUCAAAGGAAAAAGAGAUUUUCGCCAUGUUGGAUGAUAUUCGCAUUGCAAACAAGCAAAAUCCUUUGUCAGUGUCAUCCAACAUGGCGACGGUGACGUAACUUGCACACCACCUAUUGUUUUUUCCAACGGUCAGCACAGCUGCAAGGAGUGUGUAGAAUUUUGUAUUUUGACCUCGAUUUAAAGAACUGUUCUAUGAUUUUAUGAACUGUCGACUUCUUUAGCGACAUGAUCCGUUAGAGAAAACUGGAGUUAGCUGGAGGAAAAUGGUAUUAAAAAUGUUUACAACCUUUGUAGACUUUGGACUUACAAUUUCCCCCAUGGCUUCACUUUUCUCAUGGGUAGAAUAACCGAAGUUCUAUUGCUCAAUGACCCCCACGUACUUACUGCUCUUAUGGGUACCGUGCCAUUAAAAUGUUUGUCUUUUUCUGUCAGGUGGCAAUCCGAGUGUAUUUUCCUGAUCGAACAGUACUUCAAGGAUUUUUCUCACCCAAGGAAACUGGUAAGCAUAUGUAUUGAACUAAAGAAAGUCUGACCAAAUCUAAUAUGGGAAAUACGUUAUUCAUGCUAGUAACACAUGUCGUGUCUUUCAGUUUCAGCAGUUACCUCGUUCGUCAAUGAAAACCUUGAGCAAAAAAACACAGACUUUUAUUUAUGUAAGUGAAGGUAUACAUGUGGUUAAUUCAAUCUUUGAAUAGCAUUGGGCAUGCGGGUCUUGAGCAGACUGCUCCAUUUCCUGUUCAGAGUACUCCGGAUUUUCGAAGCAAUAGUAAAUAGAACCGAAAACUGUUAUAUGACUUACCUUAGGUGAGUAAGGGCAGCCAGAACAGUCAUGUGACCGUUUUCGGUUCUAUUAUAUUAGUGUUCCGAGAAUCCAGAGUACGCCGAACAGUAAAUGGAGCUACCAAAUGGAGCUACCAACACCAAGCAAACAAAAACUAGUCGUCUGGGGACGAGAAUGGAUCGUGAAAUCAAACUCUCCCCCCAGAAAGUUUUUCCACCUCACCUUGAAAAAUUUGCAACCCCCCCCCCCCGAAAUUUAAAUGCUCAUUGGAUUAAAUGACAGUAGUGGGAUUUAAACAAGGGUUUUGAAUAAGACCAAGGAUUUUAAAUAAGACGAACAUUCUCAAAUUUUCCUGGGGGCUUCGCCUCCUUACCCCCAUUAGCAACUUUGCCCCCAGACCCCUGCUCCAGCAUGUUUAACGGUGCUACGCGCCCCGUCGCUCACUUCCAUCCCCCCCCCCCCUAAAUUUUCGGCAGCCCCCUGAGCAAAAUCUGAAAUCAAUGCAGUCUAACUGGUGUACAAACCAAGCAUUGACCAUCUUGACAUUUGAAUUUGGAGGUAGCCCGUUGCAGCCAUGGGUAUAGCUUUCAAUUAUAAUUUUCUGAUAGCGUUUCAGUUAUCUUUAGUUCUUCGGACAGAAUUGCUGAAAAAAACGACUAACUUUUUUCAUUUUUUAGACACCACUCCUCCAAGGAUCAUACUCGAUAAACCAAACAUAACUUUAUUCGAAGUAAGUAAUAUUGCAAAGAAGGGAAUGACUAUAGAAUAGUGUUGAAGGAUUUUGUGGAUGAAAUUUAUUCGAGUGUUGCACUUAUUUAGACAGCCCUGUCUGUCAGCCCUGGUUAGAUCUAAAUAAAUGUAUAAAAUUUGCACUCCAAUGGUGAUUCUAGCUUGCUAUAGACUAAAUUUUGAUCUAGGCAAGAAGAACAAACUUCAUCAGGACAGCUAGAAAGAGCAUGUUAAAAUUAGUAAAAUUGCAAAGUUUGGUUGCGAAAUGUUGUAUAAAAUGAGGAAAAUAUAGCCCUACGAAAUUUGCAAGUUUUGUUGUAAUUUGUAUUACGUGGUAUUAUUACAAGGUGGUGCAUUUUCUCGUGCGUAAUACAAAUUUAAAUUACAAAAUUUGCAAAUUUCGCAGGGCCAUAUUUUUCGCAAUUUACAACAUUUCGCAACCAAACUUUGCAAUUUUACUAAUCUUAACAUGCUCUUUCUAGCUGUGGUGAUUUUGUUCUUCUUGCCUUGAUCAAAAUUGAGUCUAUAGCAGGAAUCAUCCAUUGUGUGCGAGCCCAUCUGGUUUAUUCCACUAACCAUCAUCCAUUUUUGUUGUAUCUUCAAAGGCAAAACUUUUUCCUGCUGCUAUUAUACAUUUUGGCAGUCGGGACACGCAAGGUAAAUACGACCAUUAGAAGAUAGAUUGGCGAGAUGUAUUGAAUGUAAACGUGAAACAAAAUACUUUGCUUGACCGCGCUGGGAAUCGAACCCUUUAGUUUGUUAGUCCAAUGCUCUACCAACUGAGCUACGAGGUCAAGUCGGUUCACUCGAACCCGACUGUGGACACACUCAGAGCAACAUCACAAACAUAUUCCACAUCUUUUUAGGAAGUUAUUUGCAUUCACGGCAUCUACAAGGGAUGGCUGAUUUCACUUCAGCUAAUGAGAUGGUGGACACAUAUAACAGGUAUGGAAAUACGGUUUUAAUUCGGGUUCUAUGUCAUAAAUUGCGUUACAAGUUGCAGCAAUUAGCCUUUCUCACAAAGGCCAAAAUCC